AUGGCACCACCAAAGAUAAUCACAACAUCCUUUCUUGUUGGCAACUUGCACUGUCCAUCAUGCGUUGCCGUGAUCAAGAACGCUUUGGGGGGCGAAUACGCCGGCAGAGUCGUUUGGGUGUCCCCAAACGUCGUCACUUCCGUCGUCACUGUCGAGCACGAAGAUGAAGGUGCCGACUUUAUUCGCGACAUGGGCAAGACGCUUGAGGACGUCGGCUUCGAAAUCUGUGCCGUCGACACGACAGGCACCGUUCCCGACGAGCUGAACCGAGAAGUGGACGCUGAACAAGCCAGAUCAAGCCUUGACAGUCGUCGCAGAAGUGGCGGCGCCUUCGACCUCUGGUGGAGGCUAUGGGGAGCUAAGACGCCUCCGGCAACACCACAUGAAGGCAAAGCAGCAACACAUUUGGACAACUGCGAUAGCUGCAAAUCGGCAGCGGCAGUCACGGCCCGAAACAACGGUCGAGCCUUGAGUGAGCAACUUGCCCACAGCGCACUAUCCCCGCUUGGCCCCCAGAAGUUGGGCAAGGCUGCCUCCAAGGCAACCACCACGCCUCUGAGCCAGGUUGUUAUCGACGACGCCAAUGCUAUUCCGGGAUCGUGGCGAGCAACGUUAUCCAUUAGCGGCAUGACCUGUGCCUCAUGCUCCAACACCAUCACAGACGAGAUUCAGAAAUUCCCCGGGGUCGCCAAGAUUGUCGUCAAUCUUGUGGCAAACAGCGCUGCGGUGGACAUCAAGGAGCGGGAUCGAAUCCAAGAUGUCGUUGACGCCAUCGACGACCUCGGGUACGGCGCUUCUCUUGGCCAGGUAAUAAACCUGAAUGAGACAAAGCCCGCCUCUGCGGAUGCUCGGGACGUUGAGGUUCAAAUCGACGGCAUAUUCUGCCCCAAAUGUCCCCAGCGUAUCUCCAAGACGCUGAACAACCUGGGUUUCACGCGCAUCGAAAUUAUUCAAGCUCCGACACCAGACAAGCCAUUUCUCAAAAUAAGAUAUAUACCCAGGGCACCAGAAUUUACCAUUAGACAUGUUCUCAAGGCCAUCGAGGCGACAGACCCCUCCUUGCAGGCCUCGAUAUAUCACCCACCGACUUUGGAAGAGCGAUCAAAGGCUAUACGCGCCAAGCAUCAGCGAGCGUUGUUCUGGCGAAUGAUUCUGACUCUCAUCCUGGCUAUUCCGACCUUUGUGAUCGGUAUCGUCUUCAUGAGCCUGGUACCCGACUCUAAUUCCACAAGGAAAGAACUCAUGGAGCCCUGGAAAUCCGGUCUAAGCCGCGCCGCAGUUAUCCUUUGUUUGCUGUCGACGCCCGUGUACUUCUUCGCGGCCGAUAUUUUCCACAUUAGAGCCCUUAAAGAAAUUCGUACCAUGUGGCGAUCCGGUAGCCGUACGCCGCUGAUCGAAAGAUUCUACAAAUUCGGCAGCAUGAACAUGCUCAUGUCUUUGGGAACUACCAUCGCCUACGUUUCGUCGGUUGCGGAAAUGAUUGCUGCAGCUGCGAAGAAGAGACCGGCGAAUAAUGCCCACGUGCCCGAAAGCCGAGUCUACUUCGACUCGGUUGUUUUCCUGACACUCUUCCUUUUGAUGGGACGGUUAAUAGAGGCGUACAGCAAAUCCAAGACAGGCGAUGCCGUCGGUGCCUUGGCAAAACUUCGCCCCAGAACUGCACUGCUGGUCGAGCAGGACCAAAUGGGAGGCCAAGUUACGACCACGACGCCGAUUGACCAACUCGAGUGCGGAGAUAUAAUUCGAGUCCCUCAUGGAGCAUCACCAGCCAGUGACGGUAUCAUCACUUCUGGUGAGACCAUUUUUGACGAAUCCAGCCUUACUGGAGAAUCCCAGCCAAUCAAGAAAGCACCUGGUGGAGAGGUCUUUGCUGGCACAGUGAACAAGGGAAGCGCUGUGACAAUCAGGGUUACCGGCACAUCAGGCAAGUCCAUGCUGGAUCAGAUUAUCGACGCUGUUCGCGAAGGCCAGACUAAGCGAGCUCCACUGGAGCAGAUUGCAGACGUGAUGACUUCGUACUUUGUUCCAGUCAUUACCCUCAUUGCUGUCAUCACAUGGGCCGUGUGGCUCUCGCUAGCCCUGACUGGUCACAUAAAUAAAGAAGCAGAGCUAGACCCUGCGGGCGGCCCUGGGGCCUUUGCAUUUCAGUUUGCCAUUGCCGUAUUCGUAGUGGCCUGCCCUUGCGGGUUGGCUCUCGCCGCUCCCACAGCCAUCUUUGUUGGCGGCGACAUUGCGGCGAAGCAUGGCGUUCUCGCCAAGGGCGGCGGCGAAGCCUUUGAAAAGGCCAGCAAAGUCGACUGCGUAGUAUUUGACAAGACUGGCACGCUUACCGAAGGCGGAGAGCCCAAAAUCACAGAUUCGGAGCUCUUCCUCCAACCAGAGGUUCAGGGUCUGGACAAAGGGGCACUGCUGGCUGGGUUAAAGGCUGCGGAGGAACAGAGCAGUCAUCCCAUCGCCAAGGCCAUUGUCAGCUUCUGUGGGCGCGAGGUAGUAUCUGCGGAGCUUGACAAGUUGGAGGAGUUGCCCGGCCGGGGAAUGAAGGCUUCCUACAAGGAUAAGCAAAUCGACAUUGCCGUUGGCAACGAGCACCUCAUGCGCGAUCUCUCGGUCACGCUGUCCCAGCCCGUCGUGAGCCGACUGCAAGGGUGGAAAAGCGAGGCCAAAUCGGUGGCGGUGGUGGCGGUCAAGUCUCACGAAGAGCAGAGUGCAUGGGCGCUGGCAGGUAUUCUAUCCAUCUCGGACCCGGUCCGGCGGGAGGCAGCGGCGGUAGUCGAGGCACUCCGGGCGCGAGGAACGCAAGUCUGGAUGCUGUCGGGCGACAACGUCACGACGGCCAAGGCGGUCGGUCGACAGGUGGGCAUCGCAGACACCAACGUCCUCGCAGAAGUUCUUCCGUCGGAGAAGGCUGAAAAGGUGCGCUACCUCCAGGCCACGCUGCACUCGGACACGACAGUCCGUCGACGGCACGGGUAUAGCACACGCCGGGCAAUGGUGGCCAUGGUCGGCGAUGGAAUCAACGACUCGCCUGCGCUCACGACAGCGGACGUGGGCAUCGCCAUCGGCUCAGGCAGCGACGUGGCGAUAUCCAGCGCCGACUUUGUGCUGGCAUCGCCGAGCCUGGGCACGGUGCUGACGCUCCUCGACCUCAGCCGCACCGUCUUUGGUCGCAUCAAGAUUAAUUUUGGCUGGGCCGUCGUCUACAAUCUGCUGGCGGUGCCCAUCGCGGCCGGCUUGCUGUACCCCGUCACGACCAGUUCCGGCGCUCACGUCAGGCUCGAUCCUGUGUGGGCGGCACUCGCCAUGGCCCUGUCAAGCAUCAGCGUCAUCCUGAGCAGCCUCAGCCUGAAGGCGCGCGUGCCGGGGCUGGGAUUUCGACACAGCCCGGUCGUGGUGGAAUCGAGGCCAGGCCAGGUCAGGUCCAAAGGAAGCCGAGUGCAAUGUGUCAUGGCCGGUCUUGUACGAGGUUACAAUACACGGAUCAAGUCCGCGACGGUGGGGAAAGCACCCGACGCAUCUGGCCCGAUGGAUCUGGAUCAGGGUAUUUUGAUGAAUCACGCCAAGUCGGCAACGUCCGCAACCAUUUAG